AUGCGUCCCGCGUUCCUUUCGCUUUGCUUUGCGGUCCUCUCGCAAGCGUGGUUGGGCUUUGCCUCUCCUGUUCCUGUCGGAGAGCUCGAAGCUCGCCAGAGUGGUAUCGAUUCCACCACCUAUGGCAACCUCGAACGGUUUGCGAAGCAUUCUUCUGCCGCUUACCAGCUCCUUGGGUGCCCUCGGCCUGUAGGAACCACGCUGGUCAAGUAUAUUGACAGAUCUGGGACACAAGGGUACAUCUCCCGCGACGACUCGAGGAAGGAAAUCAUCGUCUCCUUCCGUGGUUCGAUGAGUGUCACCGACGCCCUUGUUGACCUCGCGAUAAUUAUGGUCCCGCUGAAGUCCACCGGCAUCACUAACGUUGGCGAUGCGCAUGUCCACACCGGCUUCCAAUUCGCGUACAACGUCGUCGCCGAUGAUGUUAUCUCGACUGUCAGGAAUCAAUACAACUCGCGCUCCGGUUAUACCAUCGUUGUUACUGGCCACUCUCUCGGAGGUGCUGUCGCUUCGAUGGCUGCAAUUUCUCUCAAAGCCGCUCUUCCCAACGCUCCCUUGAAGCUUUACACCUAUGGACAACCCCGUGUUGGCAAUGCUGCCUUCGCUAGCUUGGUUGAGAGCCGCGUUGGCGUCAACAACAUCUUCCGAAGUGACUGUGCACACCUACGGUUAGUUCUGCGCGCCUUGAGCGCCAACGGCAUAUGGAAUCAAGCGCUGACUACUGUUGCAGAUGGCGUCCCCACUGUCUUGUUCAAGGCUCUUGGCUACCGUCACUUUGCUACUGAGUACUGGAACUUCCAAGAUCCUCGUAAGUUGACGUUGUGCCAGUUGCUCGAUGGUCCCGUGCUUACUGUGCCUUCCAAUCCAGCCAAUGCUGCCAACACCAGGAAGUGCAAUGGAGGCGACGACCCCAAGUGCAGCGACUCCAUUCCCUCAACUUUCAUCAACCCCGCUCAUGUUUACUACUUCGGCGAAGCUCGGACGGAUAUUGACUCCCCCAUCGCAGUUAUGGGCCUCAACCCUCUCCUCUGCCUGUAA